AUGUUUAAGAAAAUUAUUUAAGGCUUUUCAAAAUAUUCCCAUAGAUCAACCAUUCCAAGUUUACUUAAAGAUCCUAGAUAUACCAGACGUGGAAUUACAAAACCAAAAGGAGAAACCAAAAUGCUAAGAAAACCUUCAAUACCUGAUGACAUUCCAAAUGCUCAUCUUUAUUAUGAUCAUACCAAAUUUAUUGAGGUCCAAAAAAACAAUCCUCCUCACAAAUUAGUACUUAUUUUAAUAUUUAUAAGAAAUAUGAAUCUACAGAUUUAGAAUUCAUUUUGAGUAUACUUAAUAAUGACACUUUUGUUCACACUUAGGAUUUCAAACUAUGGAAAGCCAUUAAGUAAUUGAAUAUUCAUCAUCCAACUGAAGUCAAAAAGAAUUGGGAAAUAUUUGAUAGAGCUUACAAAGUAAUAUUAGACAAUGCAAGAUAUUUGGAUAUUUACAAUUUCAGAUCUUUCACCCAAGUUUCAUAGCAAUAUUAUUUUGAUGAUGAGAAAGUAUGGACAACAUUAUACAGAAUUUCAAUACAAUUUUUUGUUGGUUGGGAACACUAGCAAACUCCAUUAUUGAGUAAAUUAAUUGAAAAGUAAAAAAAAUUAAAUAAAUGAUUUAGAACUCAUUAACAAUCAUUUUUAUUCAGCUUCAAUAUAAUAAUGUAGUAGGCCAGACGAUUCAAAGUUGAUGUAUCUAAUGUGAUAAUUCAUUUUGAUUAUUUGAUGAGAAACCAUUUAAGAUUUUCUAAAAUUGUAUUAAUCUAAGUUUCUAUAAUAGCAUAGUGAAGAAACUUAUAAUAAAUUGGAGAAUGUUGAAGACAAGAAUCAAUUAGGUAAUUUCUUGUCUCAUUUUGCUUUCUGCAUUCAACAAAGAAAGGACAUAUUUAAUGAUGUUGAUAAAGAAGUCAAAGAGAAAUAAGUGGAGGAAUUCUUGCAUAAAGGAUAGAAGCUUUGUUUGGAAUAAUUUGACAAGCUCACUGCAGGGACAAAGAAAAACCUAUUAAAUUCUAUCACUCAUGCCAGAUAUUAAUAUAAACCCUUGUUUGAGAAGUUAAAAUGAGAUUAUC